AUGUUGGUAUUAAACUGCGGCGGCGACGUUCGCGAAGUUCAGGUCCAUUACUCGUUACCAGCUGAGAAUUCAGCUGGUCCAUCCGCACAACGAACAUGUCAGCCCAUCUGGUCGGUGGCCUUCCUCGAGGACGUUUGGCUUCGCGAGGACUCCACUCCAAAAUUCUUAGUGUCCAUCUGUCGUCUGUCCUUAUAUAUGACCAGUCCAUCGAUGCGUUGCCUUAGAGACGUAUUCCGCUGGUACGCGAAGACGAGACAUUGA